AGCACAUCAUUGUUAAACAGCCUCUAAACUUUUUCUUUUUGAAAAAAAACAUAUUAACUUUUCCAAAGGUUUUUUUUUUCAAAUAUUGUUCUGUUUUUUUUGCAAUUCUUAUCUGUGACUUUCAGUUUGGACCAGUAGUUACAGAAAAUAUUUUCUUUAAUUAGUUCAGUUAUUCACGUGCUUUUGAUACAGAUUAUUGAAAUUUUUACCGCGAUUUUAGAAAAACACACACCUAGAUAAACUAAAUUCUGUUUAACACACAGAGAGAAAGAGAGAAGAAAAAGUUCAUAUUUUGGGGUUCCAAAAUUGGUGAUUUCUAGGGGGAUUUGGAGUUUCCUGAAAUGGGUUUUCUUGAUUUGGCUGAAAUUUGAAAACCCAUUAACGGAUUUGUGAAAUUUGAUGAGAAGGUGAUGGAAUUGCAGUGAUUUGUAUUGGUAGAAAGUUGUUCUCAUGGGUCGCUUUCUUGGUGGGUUUGUAUUGCCUCUGUUGCUCCUAACAGCUGCUGUAAUUAACUGGAGUUUGAUCUCUCUACUUGAUUUGAUAGCUUUCCUUCUGCUUCAAUACAAUGCACCGAAAAUAGGGUUUCAAUUUCGCAGGCGAUUUUUGUUAUUAUGGCCCAUUAUCAUCUUUUCCUUGCUUGUCAUUCUUUCUCAAGUAACGUUUCUUGUUAUAUGGGCUGUUGAGGGAAAUAAAUGGAGUAUAGCAGAAGCUUGGUGGGCAAAACUGAUUGGAUUCACAACAGUUCAUACCUGGAAAUCUCCCUCUGUAAUUUAUUUCUUGAUUGUACAACUAAUAGCGGUUUUUGUUGCUUUAGUUGAUAUAUACGGGAAUAGAUUUGGUCUGGUUCCAUGGCGUGCUUCUUGUUGGGGUCAUUUCUUGUCAUUUAUUGAACAAUUAGGUUCUCGUCUUAGGGUGGCAUCGUGUUUGCUGUUGCCUGCCAUUCAGCUGGUUGUGGGAAUUAGCCAUCCCUCAUGGAUUUCUCUACCAUUUUUUAUUGGAAGCUGUGUUGGUCUUGUGGAUUGGUCUUUAACAAGCAAUUUUCUAGGACUUUUCAGGUGGUGGAGGCCUCUUCAGCUGUAUGCUGGCUUCAAUAUUGCCCUGCUGUAUGUGUAUCAGCUCCCUAUUGUGUUCCCAAAUAUGUUUCAACGGAUAGCUGAUUUCAUUGGUCUGUUUAAAGUAUCUGCAAAUUCUGAGUGGCCUGAAAUAUGUUCUUGCCUUUCCCUUAUACUUUUCUACAUCAUGCUAUCUUGUAUUAAAUGUGAUCUGGAGGAAAUGGAUUAUAUUAUGUCCAUGGGAGAAAGUAACUUGACAGAGCAACUUCUUCCCUCAAAGCAUUCAUUUUUUAUUCGUGAAUCCAGAUCCGGUGUAAAGCACACCAAUGUUUUAUUGAGGGGAGCAGUGUUUCGGACAUUUAGUAUCAACUUUUUCACGUACGGCUUCCCGGUUUCCUUGUUUGCACUAUCUUUUUGGAGUUUCCAUUUUGCAAGUUUAUGCGCAUUUGGAUUACUUGCAUAUGUUGGCUACGUUGGAUAUGCCUUCCCUUCCUUAUUCCGUUUGCACCGGUUGAAUGGGCUGCUUCUUGUCUUCAUUCUCUUGUGGGCUGUUAGCACAUACAUUUUCAAUGUAGCAUUUUCUUUCUUGAAUUGGAAACUUGGAAAGGACAUGGAAAUUUGGGAGAUGGUUGGGUUGUGGCAUUAUCCCAUACCUGGAUUCUUUCUGCUUGCACAGUUUUGUCUUGGAAUUUUAGUUGCCCUGGGUAAUCUUGUGAACAACUCUGUUUUCCUCUGCUUGUCUGAUGAGCAUGGGCAACCUUCAAAUCAAAACUCUACAGCGGAAGUGGAGGAAGAGACUAAGGUAUUGAUUGUUGCUACAAUUGCAUGGGGACUGCGCAAAAGCUCUCGGGCUAUAAUGCUGGCACUGAUAUUCCUUAUUGCCAUGAAACCUGGUUUCUUCCAUGCUGUGUAUAUGAUAUUCUUCUUGAUAUAUCUUUUGAGCCACAACAUCAGCAGAAAGACACGCGAGUCUAUGAUUCUCUUAUGUGAGGCUCACUUUGCACUGUUAUACAUUCUUCAGAUUGAUUUGAUUUCUAAUUUUCUGGAGCAAGAAGGCUCUUUAAGUAUGGAAAUCCUAUCACAGUUAGGUCUCCUUGAAUAUGAUAGCUCCUGGGAUUUUCUGGAAGUAGCUUUGCUUGCUUGCUUCUGUGCAAUUCAUAAUCAUGGUUUUGAGAUGCUAUUUUCAUUCUCAGCAAUUGUGCAGCGCACCCCUAGCCUACCUGUUGGAUUUAGCAUCUUGAAAGCUGGUCUGAACAAAUCAGUUUUGUUGUCAGUGUAUGCCUCCUCAGCCACCAAAUACAGUCAUGAUAAUCCUUCCUAUGAGAGAAGGAUAGCAUCAUUCCUCAGUGCAAUUGGACAGAAGUUUCUAUCUAUAUAUAGAUCAUUAGGAACCUACAUUGCUUUCAUAACAAUUCUCCUCACAGUUUACCUGGUGAGACCUAAUCAUAUUUCACUUGGGUACAUAUUAUUCCUCCUUGUUUGGAUAAUCGGAAGACAACUGGUUGAGAGGACAAAAAGACGUCUAUGGUUUCCAUUAAAAGCAUACUCUAUCAUGGUAUUUAUAUUUCUAUAUAGCUUGAGCAGUUUCUCCAGCUUUGAGAUGUGGCUGUCCAGUUUGAUAGAUCUCAAUUUUUAUUUGGGCUACAACUCAGAAGCUUCAUCCUUGGAAAAUGUUUGGGAAUCUUUGGCAGUCUUGAUUGUGAUGCAACUUUAUAGCUAUGAGAGGAGGCAGAGCAAGAAAAACAGUUCAGAUGAUUCAGAUCCAAUGGAAUGUGGAGUACUUGGGUUUCUCCAAAGGUUUCUUAUUUGGCACAGCCAGAAGAUCUUGUUUAUUGCUUUGUUUUAUGCUUCUUUAUCUCCAAUUAGUGCAUUUGGUUUUGUGUAUCUAGUUGGCCUUGUCAUCUGUUCCACUUUACCUAAAGAUUCCCGGGUCCCAUCCAGAUCAUUCUUAGUUUACACUGGAUUUUUAGUUACAGCUGAGUAUCUUUUUCAGAUGUGGGGUGAACAGGCUGGGAUGUUUCCUGGACAGAAACACUCUGAUUUGUCCCGUUUUUUGGGAUUCUCUGUCUUUAAGCCGGGCUUCUGGGAUCUAGAAUCAGGCUUGAGGGGAAAAGUGCUGGUGAUUGCUGCAUGUACUCUUCAAUACAAUGUCUUUCGUUGGUUGGAGAAGAUGCCAAGUACUAUUGUAAACAAAGGAAAGUGGGAAGAGCCUUGUCCUUUGUUUGUUUCAGAAGAGGAUGACUCAGUUGAUGUUUCCAUUUCUAAUGAGGAUAUUAAGCCGUUAUCAGAUUCUGGUGCACUGUCUGUAAAACAAGAGGGGGUGACAAGCAAUUCAUGGCCAUUUUUCUCCUCUGGUUUGUCUCAAUCAUCUAAUCCUGCAUCUUCUAAAGCAGGCAUCUCUGACGGUGGCAGCACUAGAAAAUAUUCAUUUGGGUAUAUCUGGGGAAGCACCAAGGAGACUCAUAAGUGGAACAAGAAACGGAUACUUGCCUUGAGAAAGGAGAGAUUUGAAACACAGAAGAGACUCUUGAAAAUAUAUUUGAAAUUUUGGAUGGAGAAUUUGUUUACUCUCUUUGGUCUUGAGAUAAACAUGAUUGCCUUGCUGCUUGCUAGCUUUGCUUUGUUGAAUGCAAUAUCUAUGUUAUAUAUUGCAUUGCUUGCUGCUUGUGUUCUUCUGAAUCGACGCAUUUUACGUAAAUUGUGGCCCCUGUUAAUCUUCUUGUUUGCUUCUAUUCUUAUUCUUGAGUAUUUCGCCAUCUGGAAGAGUACAUGGUCUUUGAAUCAAAAUAUUCCAAGUGAGACUAAUAUACAAUGCCAUGAUUGCUGGAGAAGCUCAACCCUUUAUUUCCAGUAUUGCAAGAACUGUUGGUUGGGUCUUAUUGUUGAUGAUCCUCGAACACUUACCAGCUAUUUUCUGGUCUUCAUGCUUGCUUGUUUCAAACUUCGUGCUGAUCACCUGUCCAGUUUCUCAGGGUCAUCGACAUAUCGCCAGAUGAUGUCUCAGCGUAAAAACACAUUUGUUUGGAGAGAUCUAUCUUUUGAAACUAAAAGCAUGUGGACAAUUCUUGACUACUUGAGGCUUUACUGCUAUUGCCAUCUAUUGGACCUUGUGCUUGCAUUGAUUUUGAUUACUGGAACGCUGGAGUAUGACAUUCUACACCUUGGUUAUCUAGCUUUUGCUCUGGUAUUCUUUCGAAUGAGACUUCAAAUACUAAAGAAAAAGAAUAAGAUAUUCAAGUUCUUGCGCAUGUACAACUUUGCUCUUAUUGUUCUCUCUCUUGCCUAUCAAUCUCCUUUUGUGGGGGAGUUUAGUGCUGGGAAGUGUGAGACAAUGGAUUUCAUAUAUGGAAUGAUUGGAUUUUAUAAAUAUGACUAUGGAUUCCGGAUUACUGAGAGAUCUGCGCUAGUUGAGAUUAUCAUAUUUAUGUUGGUUUCACUUCAGUCAUAUAUGUUCUCCUCCCAAGAGUUUGAUUAUGUGUUUCGAUAUCUUGAAGCAGAGCAAAUUGGUGCCAUUGUGCGUGAGCAAGAGAAGAAAGCUGCAUGGAAAACUGCACAGUUACAGCAUAUUCGGGAAUCUGAGGAGAAGAAACGCCAGCGUAACUUGCAAGUGGAGAAGAUGAAGUCUGAGAUGCUUAACUUGCAAAUCCAGCUUCACAGCUUGAACUCAACUGCCAACAUUGAUGGAACUUCUCCUCUUAGUGAAGGCCUAAUGAGGAGGAGAGGUACUUCUAUUACUUCAAAUAAUGAUGCUGGAACUUCUGAUAAAGCAGAAAUAAAAUACAAGAUACAAGAACAGAUCAUCAGAGAGGAUUUGGUAUCCUCAUCUGAAUUGCAUGACUCUCCUGGUAGUAUGAAUGCAGAAAGUCCAUCAGUAGCAGAGUUUAACAAGCAUUUGGUGGGAUCUCCUCAUUGUGAGAUCACUGAAGUCGAAUCAGACAUUUUGGAUAGUGCAUUUUCUGAUUUAGACAAAAAAGAAAAAGUCAAAGGCCAGGCAAAAGAAAACCCAUUGAUAUCCGCAGUGCAGAUGAUAGGUGAUGGUGUUUCCCAAGUACAGUCUAUUGGCAAUCAGGCAGUCAACAACCUUGUGAACUAUUUGAACAUAGGACAAGAAGACACCAAUGUGAAAGAGAACUUGUUUGCUGAGGAUGGGAUAUAUGAUGAGAUGGAGAGCCAAAAAACAGAGUACUUGUAUGUGGAGCGCUCUUCUUCUUUGCAGUCUGAUCAGAGUUCUGAUGCGGCAAGUCUGCAGUUAGGAAGGCUCUUCUGUCACAUAUGGUCCCAAAUGCAAUCCAAUUAUGAUGUUGUGUGUUAUUGUUGCUUUGUUCUUGUCUUUCUAUGGAACUUUAGUUUGCUUUCUAUGGUAUAUCUUGCGGCUCUAUUUCUGUUUGCUCUAUGUGUAAAUACCAGCCCAAGUUACAUCUUCUGGGUUAUCAUGCUGAUCUACACAGAAGUUUAUAUAUUGCUUCAGUAUCUGUAUCAAAUUCUCUUUCAGCACUGUGGGUUAAGUUUUGAUUCUGGCCUACUUCGUGAGUUGGGAUUCCCUGCACAUAGAAAUGUGUCAUCCUUUGUUGUCAGCUCUUUACCGCUUUUUCUUGUCUACUUAUUUACACUUAUACAGAGCUCUAUAACUGCAAAAGAUGGUGAAUGGAUGUCUUCAACAGACUUCAAUUUCAGUAAGAAGAGUGCUCUCUAUAGAAAUGAAGUUUCUGUAAAUUAUAGCUGGAGUGAGAGCACAAGGGGGCUGCUACAGCUAGUGACAAAUAUGGCAAAAUUGAUAAUCAGAAGCUUCUUUAGGUACUGGAAAUCAUUGACUCAAGGAGCAGAGUCUCCUCCUUACUUUGUCCAGGUGUCUAUGGAUGUCCAAUCUUGGCCAGAGGAUGGGAUUCAGCCAGAGAGAAUUGAGUCUGGAAUAAAUCAAUUGCUAAGAACUGUCCAUAAUGAAAGAUGCAAAGAAGAAAACCCUAAUCUCUGCCCUUUUGCCAGUAGAGUUCAUGUUCAAAGCAUCGCAAGAAGUCAAGAAAACUCAAAUGUGUCAUCAGUUGUUUUUGAGGUGGUAUAUGCAUCCCCUUUGACAGAGUGUGCUUCAGCAGAAUGGUACGAGUCGCUGACUCCAGCAACUGAUGUAGCAAAGGAAAUUCUUAAAGCACAGCAUGCUGGGUUUGUUGAAGAAAUCAGAUUCCCUUACCCCAUACUCUCUGUAAUUGGGGGAGGCAAAAGAGAAGUUGAUCUAUAUGCCUACAUAUUUGGUGCAGAUUUGAGUGUAUUUUUUCUAGUCGCCAUUUUUUACCAAUCAAUCAUAAAAAAUAAUAGCGAAUUUCUUGAUGUGUAUCAGCUUGAAGAUCAGUUUCCAAAAGAGUUUGUGUUUAUCUUAAUGAUUAUCUUUUUCUUGAUCGUGCUUGAUCGCAUAAUUUACCUCUGUUCAUUUGCAACGGGUAAAGUUAUUUUUUACCUUUUCAACCUCAUCCUCUUCACGUAUUCAGUGACAGAGUAUGCUUGGCACAUGGACGCUUCACAACAGCAUGCUGGAGGGUUAGCACUCCGUGCUAUAUAUCUUGCCAAAGCUAUUUCUUUAGCUCUGCAGGCUAUACAAAUUCGAUAUGGGAUUCCUCAUCAAAGCACAUUGUAUCGGCAGUUCUUGACCAGUGAAGUUUCACGAACUAAGUACUUGGGCUAUAGACUUUAUCGUGCUCUACCCUUUCUGUAUGAAUUGCGAUGUGUACUUGACUGGUCAUGCACAGCAACAUCUUUGACCAUGUAUGACUGGCUCAAGUUGGAGGACAUACAUGCAAGCUUGUUCCUUGUCAAAUGUGAUGCAGUCUUGAAUAGAGCUAAACACAAACAAGGAGAAAGGCAAACUAAAAUGACCAAAUGUUGCAAUGGGAUAUGUUUGUUCUUUAUAUUAAUCUGCGUUAUCUGGGCUCCUAUGCUGAUGUAUAGCAGUGGUAACCCAACAAACAUUGUUAACCCUGUUAAAGAUGCCAGUGUUCAGAUUGAUAUUAAAACAGCGAGUGGAAGAUUGACCUUGUAUCAAACCACUCUCUGUGAAAAGAUCCCAUGGGAUCAGUUCAAUGAUGAUAUUGAUCUUGAUCCCCAAAGUUUUUGGGACACAUAUAAUGAGAAUGAUAUCCAGUUGAUAUGCUGCCAACCUGAUGCCAGUAUUUUGUGGCUUGUCCCCAGUGUUGUUCAGACAAGAUUCAUUCAGUCCCUUGACUGGGAUACGGACAUGGAUAUUAUUUUUACUUGGGUACUUACCCGAGACAGACCAAAAGGAAAGGAAGUUGUGAAAUAUGAAAGAACUAUCGAUCCUGUGGAUCUUCCAAUGCGAUCAGAUGUUCAAAAAGUUUUAAAUGGCUCUAUGAACAGCUUUAGGAUCUAUAAUGUCUAUCCGAGAUACUUCCGUGUUACUGGUUCUGGUGAUGUCAGACCUCUGGAACAAGAGGAAAUUUCUGUCAAUGCGGAUCUUGUUAUAAAUCGUGCAAAUUAUGAGUGGUGGUCCUUCAAUGAUGUCAAUUCCUCAGGAGUCACUGGAUGUGGAGGUUUGACUGGACCCAUGGCAAUCAUAAUAUCUGAGGAAGUACCUCCUCAAGGUAUCAUUGGUGACACUCUCAGCAAGUUCAGCAUAUGGGGGCUGUACAUAACCUUUGUUCUUGCAGUUGGCCGUUUUAUCAGGCUGCAAUGUUCUGACUUAAGAAUGAGAAUCCCUUAUGAGAACCUUCCUUCCUGUGAUAGGUUGAUAGCCAUCUGUGAGGAUAUAUAUGCCGCAAGAGCAGAAGGUGAGCUUGGAGUAGAAGAGGUUCUCUACUGGACGCUGGUGAAGAUCUAUAGGUCACCACACAUGCUGCUUGAGUACACCAAAAUUGACUAAAAACCCAACAUCAAAGGCUGCCUUUAGUUGCCAACAACUUCACAGGAUUUAAUGCUGACAUUAGGUUAGACUAACACCAAGGUAUAGCAGAAGAAGAUACUAACAUCAUUUAUAGUGGUAGACUGGUAGGGAUACUACCAAUCAUGAUCGUUGCUGUAGCAUUUAUCCUAAAGACCUCUGGUCUCUAUUGAAAGGAAUCCAGCGAGAGAAUUCUACAUGUUUAUCAUACAGGCAUUGUAACAUCUUGUGUAAAUUUCCAUUUUAGGUACCCAUGAAGUUUCUGGUCAAGCUUCAAUUAUCAAUGACUGAUUCGGAGUGAUUUUUUUUUACCCUCUACUGUAAAUAUAGUUUACUAGCAACCCAUAUAUUGUGCCAGACCUGUUAUGGUUACAGGAAUACAUGGGAGCAAAUCUGUGCAUCUGAAAUUCUUUUCAACAGAAUCAGGUACACCCAAAGGUUUCAAUUUUUU